AUGAAGUCGGUCGAGCGGCGUUUGACCAGGUGCGUCAGCGGCAACCAGGUGAAGGGCAUCUUCGGCCUCACCCUCGACGACUGCAUCGGGAAGAUCGCGUUCCCGGCGGUCCAGGCGGCGCCCAGCUUCCCGGGCUGCUUCCCGCACAUCUUUGGCGACCGGCGGGACGUGCGGUGCCUCAUCCCGUGCGCCAUUGACCAGGACCCCUACUUCCGGAUGACGCGCGACGUGGCGCCGCGCCUGGGCUACGCCAAGCCCGCACUGAUCGAGUCGCGAUUCUUCCCGGCGCUGCAGGGCGAGAGCGGCAAGAUGAGCGCGAGCGACCCCAACAGCGCCAUAUUCGUCAACGACACGCCCAAGCAGAUCAAGGACAAGAUUACCAAGUACGCGUUCAGCGGCGGCGGCGCGACCCUGGAGGAGCACCGUGCGCGCGGCGCCAACCUGGACGUGGACGUGCCCUGGAAGUACCUCAACUUCUUUAUGGAGGACGACGACCGCCUGGCCCACAUCGGCCGCGAGUACGGCUCGGGGCGCAUGCUCACGGGCGAGAUCAAGGGCGAGCUGACGCGGCUCCUGACAGACAUUGUGGCGCGCCACCAGGCGGCGCGCGCGCAGGGCAAGGUCGGCAACAAAUGGUCCGAGGUCGCAAAACACAUCCCCGGCCGCACCGGCCAGCAGUGCGCGCAGCGGUGGCGCCACAAGGUCAACCCCAACAUCAGACGUGACAAGUGGACCGAGGACGAGGACUCGCACCUGAUGGAUCUCGUGAAAACAUUUGGCAUCGGCAAAUGGGCCGAGAUCGCGCGGCACAUGCAGGGCCGCACCGAUCAGCAGUGCAUGGGCCGCUGGCGCCGCCACCUGGACCCGGCGAUCCGGCGGUCGACGUCGCGGCGGCGGUUCGAUUCCUCGGACAGCGACGAUGAGGAUGACCUGGACGACGCGCUGACGGAGAGCGACGUGGACGGGGGCGCCGAGGCCGACGGGGACGGCGACGCCGGCGCCUUGGAUGGCGCGGACGCCCCGCCCGCGCCGGCGUGCAGCGGCGGCAGCGGCGGCAGCGCCGUGCACGUAAAGCCGGAGCCGUGCGCCCUGGGCGCGCCGGAGGUCGCCACGGCAGCCGCUGGGCCGGGGCCGGCCGCGGCGUGCGGCGCGGGCCGCGAUCAGCAUAUGAUGGGCGGCGAGAGCGAUGCGGGCGACGGCCGCGGCGGCGGUGAGAGCGGAGGCGGCGGCGGCGGCGGCGACGAUCAUGGGGCCCACCCGCACGCUGCCGAAGAGGAGGCCGCCGGCAUGGUCGGGCGCGCCGCGGACAGCGUGCUCGCCAGCGCGCGGCGGCGCCUGGCGGCGCGCAAGCAGCAGCAGCAGGCCGGUUACGGCGGCCCCGCGGCGUUUGCGCCGCUCUCGCCGCCGCGGCGGCCGCCCCGCGGGCCCGCUCCGCUCCCGGCCGCGGCGGCCUGUGGCGGCAUGAGCACGCCCAAGAAGGGCGCGGGCCGCGUGCUGGACAGCCCGGGCGCGGGCAUCAUGUCGCCGAGCCUGAUGUCGCCGCCGGCCAGCGCGCAGCGCCUGAGCGCCGGCGGCGGCGGCGGCUACGAGGGCGGCGAGCCCGCGGGAUGGCAACGGUCUUCCGCCGCGGCAGCGGCGACCUCGAGCCGCCCGGCGCGGCGUCGCUGCGUCGCAGCGACUUCAUAA